AGGGGAGGGGGACUAACUGAGGGAGUUGGGCACCUCUAUUAAAUAGUAGAGGUACAUGUGAGGUUGAACAUCUUUCCUCCACUUUUUGCAAUUUCAGUAGCUGGAAGGACAAGAAGAUAGAACAGCAUGGCCCUACUCCUAUUUUUUUCUUAAAAGCAAAAGCAAGAAAGUUAGCCCAAAAGAUUAGAAAAGCAAGCACUGCAGCAAAGGUGUUUAUUAUAAAAGCAAGAAACUCCCCACCUUGUCAUAAAGGGUCUUGAAAAAAAAAAAACAUUCCCAAUUGGAACAAGAGGAUGAUGAUGAUCAGAAGCCAAGAAAAUCUCAGAAAUAAGUCUUGUAUAGGUAUCUCAGAUGAUCACAUUAUCCCUACUUCUUUAUGUCCAACCUGGAAAUUGUACGAGAACCCUUUCUAUAAUUCACAAAAUCAACAACACAACCCUCUUCAAGACCGAAUUCAUCACAACAAUAAGCAAAUUCAUCGACUCAAUCUUCCGAUAUCUGCUAGGAAAAUUGCAGCAUCCUUUUGGGAUCUCACCUUUAUCAGGCCCUUUAUGGACUCUGAGCUCGAAAUGGCUCGAGCCCAAGUUGCUGAAUUGAAGGCCAAGGUAGAAUACGAGCGCAAGGCACGUAAGAAGUUGGAGUCGAUGAACAAGAAGAUUUCUAGAGAGCUCUCUGAAGAGAAAAAAGGAAGAGAAGCUUUGGAGCGAGUUUGUGAAGAACUUGCCAAUCAUAUAUCGUCGGAUAAAGCUGAGAUCAACCGGUUGAGGAAAGAAAUGGAAGAUGAGAGGAAAAUGCUAAGGGUGGCUGAGGUUAUGAGGGAGGAAAGAGUUCAUAUGAAGCUCACAGAGGCUAAAUAUUUAUUGGAAGACAAAUUGUUGGAAUUGGAAGCAACCAAGAAAAUGUUACAAACAGAGCAAUCCAAUGAAGCCAAGAUUCAAGAAAACAUCAACAUUUCAUCAGCUGCAUGUGAUCAAGAAACAGAGACAAGGUGUGAAAUAGCUGAUCACAAGUCCAUUAAUGAGGGAAACGGUGCUUCUUUUCAGUACCAAGUGACGAUUCAUCGAAGAAACCAUUCACAAGAGCCUGAAAAUCCACACAUCAAACGAGGGAUCAAAGGAUUUGUCGAAUUCCCAAAGGUUGUCAGAGCAAUUAGUUCCAAAAGCAGACAUUGGGGUACAAAGUUGGAGUGCCAAAAGGCUCAACUUAGGAUAUUACUGAAACAAAAGUGUCCUAUCCGAUCCAAUGCUCUUCUAACAACCUGAUAACCAUAAAGUUUAUAACUAUGGAGUGUUAUUCUGUAUGGUUCAUCCAAAGUAUUACUGAAACUGAAGAGUCCUAUCCAAUCGAACGGUCUCGUACGUUAAUAUCAUAAAGUCUGUAACUUUGGAGUGCCCAUUUUUUUUCUUUCUUUAAGCCUUGAUUGAAUUUUCUGUUAGGCGUAGAGAAUCUAUUUUGAGUUCAUGAUACUAUUGAGUUUUUGUGAAUUGUGAUGUUGUAAAUGUAUAAUUCUCUUGAUUAUAAUCUAGUUCACUUGAAAGGGGUUGCUUUUUUAAUU